UACAUUCACCUUUAAAUUUAUCAAAUAAAAUUUUUGCCUAAAGUCUAGUAAUAAAAAAUUAUGUCAGAUAAAAAAUACCGGCGAAUUGAACACGAAAAGUCAAUAUAAAUGUUUGAAGCCUUGAAUAUAAGGUGAGAAUAUUGUUACUCUUCCAUAGUGCCAGUGAAUGUUUUGAAAGAAUAAUAAAUUUUAAACCAAAAAUGUUCUCCGAGCAUAAAACUUAAUUUGGGUAGAUGCGCCGUAUGGAAAGUUACAUGAACGGGAAAUAUGCGGAACAUUCCACGUAAAAUUUUAUUACCCCACCAUUUUUCGUCUCUUUUUGAGGUAAUGGUUGUGGCAAGAAACAAACAAAUAAAAUUCUCACUUUUUCUUCGCUCUUUAAAAUGAACGAUACUCCAUCUAACCGCCGAAUAUUCAUAGCGCGUAUUUAUUGCGUUAUUAUCCAUCUUAUGUAUGUAUCAGCACAUAUAUAUUUUUCUCGCAAGGGGUUCCUUAUCAACCUGAAAUAUUCCGGAGAUGUACUCAUUCAUUCACUUAUUAAUUCGUUCAAUUGUAUUCGCGAUAAAAAGAGAUAAGAUGGGAUUUCUUAAUUGGAUAGUAAGUCGAUGAAUUGACUCUGCAGGAGUGAGAUAGCCGAUCGAUUAAUGUGAUGUAUGGAAAGACGCCAGUUACCUCUGUCAAGGAAUUAUUAUCUCGGGAGACCAUUUGAUUUUUUACCAGUGUUUUUUUCCGAGUCACGCAUUAUCAGAUGGUGCAUGUCCACACGGAGAAAAUUAUUUGGAAUUAUUUGGUGAAAUAUAGUGACUGGGGUGAACUAAUGGUCACUCCAAACGUUGUAGAGUAAACUAAUCAUAAUGCAAUAUCGCACAGAAAAUGAGAUGGGUGGAUUCGUCCAGUGGACCUUCGUCAAUUGAACCCUUCGGGGCAGAUCAAUCGUAUCCAAUUGAGAGUUUCACGUGAUAUCGUUUUAUUCUUGUGAUUGAGCAACUCUAGAGUUACAAUUUUCCAAAGUGUUGUGCACCUAAAGAUAGAUUUUCCAGUUCAAUGAAUGCCAGGAAAAUAUGUCAGGUGAAAAUAUAAAGGCUACGAACGAGUGAAAAUCGUACUGGCGAGGACAAGGGUAUUAUCAUACACAAAUACGAAGAUCGUGUUCCCGUUGUUUUCUACUCUGUUGAUACGACGCGAAUGAUAAUAAAUGAAGCCAUGACACGGGAUAUCAGUGACCAUCAUCCAAUAGUUAUUAAAUUUGAUAAAUCUCGUUCGAAAUUCCAUUGACCCUAUUGCGUACGAUCACGAACUUAUAAUGAAAGAGUGUCGAGGAUUUCAUGCGGAAAUUACUGACUUUGGCAUUCGAGAAUGGCCACCGAGGACAUUGCGAUAACUUCACAUCCAAAUGAUAAUGAAUUCAAUAAUAUGGACUCGAGUUCAACUGGAAAGAGAUGGAGAAACCUUCUUGCCUUCUGGAUGCUAGGACUCUGCAAUAAUUAUGGUUACGUGGUGGUGCUCACCGCUGCACAUGAUAUAUUGGUCUCUAAGUUUGGAUCGAAUGAUCAUGAUAAGACCAAUAGUUCGAUAACGAAUACAACCAUUGAUUCCCGCGGCUGUAAUGCAGUAUCAACAGGAGCUAUUUUGCUAGCGGAUAUAGUUCCCUGUCUCCUAGUAAAAUUAAUGGUACCAUUUCUACCAUUUUUCGUGCAUAUCCGGAUGGCGACCUGUGUCCUGUGUUCAAUUGCUGGAUUUCUAGCUGUUUCUCUUGGUGAAUCACAAUGGAUCACCGUUUUUGGGGUCAUCUUGACAUCCAUUUCCUCGGGUCUUGGAGAGGUCUCCAUUGUCAGUUAUAGUCACAAGUUUGGAAAAGAAAGCAUAGCUUCGUGGUCAUCCGGUACUGGGGGAGCUGGAAUCAUAGGUGCUUUCUCCUACACUGGACUAACUAUGAUUAUGUCUUCAGAAAAUGCGUUACUUGCAAUGCUCAUUGUCCCUGUCAUCCAAGCAAUAGCUUUCUGGCUUCUGAUGGUACAUCCAGAGGAGCGACCAAUCGUCAAAUAUGGUAUUGACAGUCAAGAGGAGAUUGUGAAAAUGCCCAAGAAGUCGAUUCCAGAGAAAUUCCAGCUGCUGCCAAAGUUACUGGUUUACUUGAUACCCCUGACUCUCGUGUAUUUCUUCGAGUAUUUCAUCAAUAUGGGUUUGUACGAACUCAUUCAAUUCGAUGGCAUUUGGUUGAGUCACUCCGAGCAGUACCGGUGGCUGCAAGUUGACUAUCAAAUUGGGGUUUUCAUCUCAAGAUCUUCAGCUACUUUUAUCACUUUCAAAAAAGUUUGGCUGAUGGCAAUUCUUCAGGGCUUGAAUGUCAUCUUAUUCUCUACGGAGGCAAUCUUCUUUUUUAUUCCAAAUAUUUGGAUAAUUUUCGUCGUGACGUUUUGGGAAGGACUCCUUGGUGGGGGAGCCUAUGUUAAUACUUUUUACAGUAUGGUUCAAACGAUACCUGCCGAGGACCUUAAAGAUUCACUAGGAAUCGUUACCAUGGCCGACUCACUCGGAAUAACAUUAGCAGGAUGGACAGCCAUGGAGGCUCAUUCAGCAAUCUGUAAGCUACCUCGACCAAUUCGGUGAUGUUCAUCAGUACGAAUUGUCGAUUUCACACUUCGACUGAUGAACUCAAAUCCUUGAGAAUGGUAUUACGCUUAAAAAUCUCAUCCUCCAGGUGUGGAGAUUUUUUUUUGAGUAUUGCAAAUGUUUUAUUAAGGAUAAUUGAUGUAACGUGGGCGAGAAUGAACAGAAUGCAAGUGCGAAUGCCUUUGUGGCACAAACCGGACGUAUUUUUGAUAAUCACGCUCAGUGGUUCCUAUGGGUACCACAGGGAUAAUUUAUUCCAGGUAUAGUUAUCUUUAAUUUCAUGUACACGGAGAAUUUAUUGUGACGACAACUCUAUCAUGGGAUCAACGUCCGCUUCGGAUACCAUGAUUCGAUAAGCUUUUAUUAGGAUCUUUUAUUAUGAUUAUACAAAGAAUAAAUAUGUGCGUACAUGAGCACAUGGUCAUAUUUU